AAUCAGUGUGCGGCUCUGGUCUUCCCGCGGUGGAGCAUGAAAGGCAAAUGGAAAGGCUUUUUCCUGGUUGGCAGAAGAAAGUGGAAAAGAAUUGGACAUCUGCACAGUCGAACAUACAGCCGCAUACAGAAGACCUACAUACCAAGCAGAAACAAUUCACCAACACAACUGUGUAUCAAGACUUUCUGAGUGCGAUAAGAGGCAGAGAUUGGCAUCCAGGCCUUAAAGAGGAAAAUUUCCUGAAACCUUCCUGGUCACCCAAUAUCUUGACCAAGAUGAAUCCACUGCAAAGUGGGAGGCAUAAGUUGAGAUCUUCAUCCCCCCUAAAAUCAGCAUGCAAGGAUAAUAAGAGCAGAGAUUCUGUGGCAGCUGGGCUAUAUUCUAUGGAGUGCAGACCGUCAGACACACUACAAAAUUGUGUCUCCCAAUAUAACAUCAACAAAUAUCGGUCAUUUAUGAGAGACUGCAACAACACUUAUAAAGACACAGAGAGAGAAAUGUCUUCACAUCUACCAUUCUGUGAACACGUCAGUCAAUCUGGAUUCUUCAUAGAUGACAAUAGCAUUGAUUAUUGUAAUGAAAUGUUACAUAAACACAGCCAAGCAAAUAUUUUGGGGGACACCAAAGUGAGCAAUGCAGGUUGCAUAUCAAACAUAAGCAGAAGAAAUGAACAGACAGAGGGCCAUUCUUACCGUAAAUCUAUCAGAAAGAUAAGCCUCCAAGAAGAGCAACAUCUCAAACAGCACAUCUGUGAUACAGACCAAGAAAGAAAAACAGAAACAAGGAUACAUGAGGAUUACUCACUGCUGUCAUCUAAGACCUACAAAACAGAAGCUGAACCAGUGAAGUCAUCCCAAUCAGAUCAAAGUGAACACAGUUUGGGCUUAAGUAACACGCCAAGCAGUUACUCCUCAAGAAUGAAGAAGACAAAAUUCAUUAAAACUGAGAAAAAGAGAGGAUGUCAAGGAAAUGAAGAUGAAACAAUGCUAUAUCCAACUGUCCAUAAUGGCACACAGAAUGACUCAGGCGUUGAUGAUGUCUCAUCUUCUGUAAAAAGAGCAGAUGAAAUCCAUUCAAAGAGUAGAGUAAAACAGAAGACUGCCAAAGAAGAGUCUGUGAAAAUAGAUGAAAAUGGAGUGCAACUACUGUCUCGGAUAGAAACCAGUGCAAAGCAUGCUAUGGCCAGACUGGUAAAAACAGACCAGUUUGGAAAAAGGAAACACUUUGACUAA